AUGAAUGACAAUAGGGAUGACUCGGAUGACGAUUAUGAGGGUGAUGAUAUUGAUGAUUUGGAAGACGAUAUAUAUGCAAUGCCCGAUGAACAGCCAUGUGAACAACCAGGUGAACAGCCAUGUGAACAACCAGGUGAACAGCAAGAUGGACAGUCAGGAGACAGAACUAUUUUAGAACAGUCUCAUAACACCCAGACGUGUUUUGGACCACACCAGAAACUCAGCAGGGGGGAUGCGAUAUACGAAAUGAAAGAAGAGGUUUCUAUGGUGCAAGAACCAAAAUUUGUCUGCUCUGCUGAUAUGUUUCUUGCAGUUCUUCGAGCUAGAUGCCAGACACCUGGGUGCACUGACUUACCAGAUAUUAAGCAUCACUUUGUUGGACUUACCCUUGUUGUGAACUACUUGUGCUCAUCAGGGCAUAAGUUUAAAUUUUCAUCAUCUCGCCGGGUCAAUGAUAUUUAUGCCAACAAUCUACAGGCAGCUGUCUCCAUCAUCCUAUCUGGAAGCAACUAUGCAAAAGUUGAACGCAUGGCAAAAUUUUUUAAACUUGAAUUUCUGUCCAAGUCAACCUAUUACAGAUUCCAAAGGUUGUAUCUGAUUCCAGAAAUCAAUGAUUGGUGGUCUUGGAUGAGGGGUGAAAUCAUGAAGGAAUUUUAUGGUAAAGAUGUUGUUGUACCAGGUGAUGGUCAGUGUGACUCCCCAGGCUUCAAUGCCAAGAAUCUUUGCUAUUUCAUGAUGGAGGUAAAUUCAAACUAUAUUCUUGACAUUGAAGUCUUGGACAAGAGACAUGUCGGCCUGGUCUCCCCAAACAUGGAAAAAGAGGCAGUUAAGCGAAGUCUAGAGAGGCUUACUGAAGAGAUAAAGGUGGUUGAGCUUGUGUCCGAUGCAUCAACAUCAGUGAAAGCAUUAGUUGGUAAGUUAUAAAAUAGAACAAUAGCUGCUUUUGUCCAAUUCCAUCUUCAAUCCUGUGUUUGAAGAAAAAAUAUCAAAUGCAAGAAAUGUAUCAGAUUAUAAAUUUGAUUUGAAACACCAAACAGCUAGUGAAUUUUAAGAAACCAGGUACUAUUUAACCCUUUAAGUGGGAAUGCACCCUAAUGUGCCCUACUUUAUUAUUUUACUCUGUCUAAUGUUAGAUGAAUAAUGGUUAUUUUCUAUUUCAGAAUCCCAAUACAAAGAUAUUGUGUACAGUCUUGAUGUUUGGGACAAGUCUAAAAGCAUUAAGAAAUGUCUGGCUAAGGUUUGUCUGGACCAUUGA